CUUAUAAUUCCACUCAAUAGUCGCGUAAUGUAUAGUAUCAAUCCGGAAUUCCCCCACGGUUUAAAUUACCGAGACACUGUGUGGUGUUUGCUUCAAGACUUUAGAAUGUGUGAUGAAAGAGACCCCAUGCUCGUGGGAUAAAGCAUGAGCUGUUGGGUCGUCAAAGCACUUUGGCUGCAUACGGCAUUUAGGGUCAAAGGGACCUGUCCCUUGGGAAAUCUCAAAUCGUACUUAUCCAAGUGGCUUGUAACGAGUCUAUCUCUCUCAUACUCUCUCCCCAAGUCAAACUCAAUUUCUAUCAUUGUCUCUUAAGCUUAUCUAUUAGGGCCAGUCCUUUUUUUUUCUCCCAAACAGAAAAAGACAUUACACUUUCUAAAACAUUUCGCCUAGAUACCUAGACAAACGAGACACCAUGACAGCAGUAGCAGCAGCAGCAUCAGCCCAGGCCAUCGCCGUCCCGCACCUGGCCGCGCGGGUCGGGUACGCGAUAGCGGGCGGCCAGCAGCAGCUGGACGCGACGAAGCCGACGCUCGCGCUCAUGGUCCCGUUCUGCUCGACGGUCGACUUCUACGGCGCGCAGCUCGCCAGCGAGAAGCUGCAGCAGGCCGCCAACCUCGUGGCCAUAGAGCCCCUCGGCCACGGCGCCACCACCUGCGACUCGGAGCACUUCACGUACUGGGACUCGGCGCUUGCUGCGCUGCAGGCGCUGCGCGCGCUCGGGGUGGAGAAGGCGUAUGUGUUGGGCGCGAGCCAGGGGGGCUGGAUCGCGGUUAGGAUGGCGCUGCUGAGGCCGGAUGUGGUCCUUGGUCUUAUCACGCUCGGGACAUCGAUGGACGCUGAGACUGCGGAUUCCCGCUCGAAGGGUUGCUGGGACCCAGCUCCGUUUGUGACUCCAUUUCUGGAGAAGUGGAGAAGCAUCGCGACGACCCCCGACUUCGUGGUUGGCGAUGACUGGAUCCAGCCCGUGCUCGGGCUAGGGCUUGGCGCGGCGAACACCCCCGACAUCAACGAGCCCUGGACCAAGAUUUUCCGGCGCGUAUACUCGGGUGCCGAAGGUCUUCGAAAGCUAAGGAUGGCCACGAUCUGCAUCGCGGAGAGGGAUGGGCUGCUGUAUAGACUGGGGGAUGUGAAGUGCCCCAUUCACUGGCUGCACGGAACGGAUGACCCCGUUUUCGGGACUGUUGUCCCGGCGGAGCACAUCAAGCUCUUCACGGGCUCCAAAGAUGCCAAGCUGGAAUUUCUCGAGGGCGGUUGUCACUUCUUGAACAUAUCGCACCCCAAGGAAGCUGAGGCUGCGAUCUUGGCAAUGGUCACAAAAUCUUAAAUACUAACCUAACCUAGGAAGAAGUAUUGACAGGAUGUCAAAUUUUUGUGAUGUAAACAUAGGAGGUCACCAGCUAGUAAAUCACAUGACAGUUGCCCCUUUCGCAUGCUAGCAAGAACAUCUGCUGAGUGUGUCAAGAAUUUCAGCGUCGUGUUUAUUGAGAGUUCAUACUACAGAAUUCUAAAUGUUUAG